AUGAAGAAUAAGAACAAGCAGACUAAGUUCCCCGUCGCGCGCAUAAAAAAGAUCAUGCAGAAAGAUGAAGAAGUGGGAAAAGUCGCGCAGGCCACGCCGAUUGUGAUUUGUCCGUCUAUCUUCCCCUCUCUUUUUUGGUCGAAGGCGCUAGAACUCUUUUUGGGGAUGAUCGUGGAGGAAGCUAAUAAAGUCACGAAGAACAGGGGGUCAAAGAAGGUCGAGGCGUAUCAUUUGAAACACGCAGUCGAAACCACAGAAAUGCUCGACUUCCUCAAAGAGAUCGUCGAAUCUGUGCCGGACCCU